UCUACACGCCUGGCACAAACUCUUUCCUUUCUAUUAACUCUGUUCAAAAUCGUCCGCCUUAAGAGCUCCUAUUCCAAAAAAAUAAAAAAUAAAAAAAAACAAAAAAAUAAAAAAAGGCGUUUGACCUUCCUUUGCCCACCUUCUGAAUGCUCUCCCUCCCUCACGUGACUUCCAUAACCUCAUGAUUGGGAAACGCAUCGCCACCAUCAUCUCCGUCAAUGUGGAUUCCCACCUUUUGAGCUUCCUUGCCGCAUCGAUUUCGUGAUACAAACCCUCUUCACCUCCUCCUUCUCCUCGUCCUCAUCCUUAGAUCUGAUUAUCUCGUUUUCGCAUUGCCGUUAAUUCUUCCAUGCGAAUGUUUUCUCAUUAUUUUCAAUUGUAGAGUCAGGUCAGGCUCUUUCAGAUCUCUUGUAUGUAGAUUGUUGGUAUUUUCUUUUAUUUUCUGGGUUGCUUGUUUUGUUUUGAGAGGAAAAUGGAAUCGCCCGCUUCGAAUUCUCCGAGAAUGAGAUUGGAUCAUUUGAGAAAAGAGGGAUCAGGAGAAACCCAUUCUCGAGUAUUCGAGCUUGAACCUUGUGACCAUGAUAAUUGGUCUAAUCCUAGAUUUGGGUCCAUGAACGCAUUAGAGAUCCUGAGGGAAACAGUGAGGAUUCUUCGGUAUAAUUCAUCGGGGUUUAUGGCGAUUGCAGCUUUGCUAAUUUGCCCUGUAUCGGCCGUGCUUUUGUCUAACGUUUUAGUUGAUCUUUCACUUGUGAAGAGACUCACUAUAAGACUUCUGUUAGUUUCCAAGUCCAGCGGACUCCCUUUGAGGCCUUUUAUCAAACAGUCGUGUCAGAAGUUUGCGGAAAUGGCCAUUUCGUCGGCUACUUGCUUCCCUUUAUUCAUUACGCUUUCGUUGCUAUCAAAAGCUGCGAUUGUUUACACAGUAGAUUGUAGUUAUUCAAGGAAGAAAUUUGAUACAUCAAAGUUUUAUGGAAUUAUUUGCAAAAUUUGGUGGCGGCUUGUUUCCACGUAUCUUUGGGUUUGUAUGGUGAUUGUUGGUUGCAUCACCUUCUUCUUUCUUGUUCUUGCUGCUGUAUGUAAUUCAUUUGCCAUCAUUGGGUUUUCACCUAAUCUCGUAGUUUAUGCUGCAAUGACUGUUGGGCUAGUCUUCUCUGUAGUUUUUGCAAAUGCCAUUAUUAUUUGCAAUAUUGCAAUUGUAAUCUCUGUAUUGGAGGAUGUCUCAGGACCAGAGGCAUUGUUAAGGUCUGGUGCUUUAAUCAAAGGCCAGACCCAUGUGGGCCUUCUGAUGUAUCUGGGAUCGACCAUUGGAAUGGCGUUUGUGGAGGGAUUGUUUGAGCAUAGAGUGACGACAUUGAGCUAUGGAGAUGGGUCUUCUCGUGUAUGGGAAGGGCCUCUUUUGGUGAUCAUGUAUUCAUUUAUAGUGCUGAUUGAUUCCAUGAUGAGUGCCGUUUUCUAUUAUAGUUGCAGAUAUUCAACCAUGGAAAGUUCAGAUGGUGAAGAAUGUCAGUCAAUCUUAGAAAGUGUAGUUGUUUCUCCUCAAGCAAUGGAUGUUCAAUAACAUUAUCUUGUGAAUUUGAUCUACCAUCCAAAGAGGUCUUGUUUGGAUUUAAUAAGCUGAUGAUUGGAGGCUGUUGUGAGGAAGUUAGGAGUUUGUUGCCGGCCGCGUUUAGAGCUUGAUAAAACAGAUAUACUGGUACAUUGAUAGACCCUUCAUAUGUAAGACUUUAUGGCAGGCUACAAAACAGAGAUGGCUCUCAACCUUUGGUAGAUAGCUUCAUUUGAGUGCAUUUUCUGCUUCAGUGAUAGCAAGCAUACAAGUUAACCUCGAGAAAAAGGUUCGAAGUAUAGACAUGAAAAGAGAGUGGGAUGGCCGUCUUGCUGACGCACAAGACGUGUUUGUAUUAAUGUCUCACUAUAAGACAAUCAUGGAUGGUGUCACUUUGGUAAAUAUGAAAUUGUUAUCAACUAUCAAGGAAGACCAACGGUGGAGCUUGCAAUGUGGAUCAAAUUGCUUAUAAUAGCUCUAUAGAAAAAGUAUUUUAUUUUUAAAAUGUGUUUGAAAUUCCAAUCAAGUACUAUAAGAAAGAUUAAGGUUCUAUUCAGCCCCUUUUUUAUUAUUCUAUUUGCAAAAUAUUGUUUCCAAAAUAAAGAAUAAAAAAUAGUUUUUUUUGUUGUUUUUUUAAAAAAUAAUAAAUAAAUAAAGAGAGGUGUUUGACAAUUUAAGUAUCCUAGAGCUUUUAUGGUGGUCUUGGGUGGCGACCUUGGUACCUGGCGCUUUCGAAAGGUCCUAUGUGUCAAGCCUGUUUGGGUAGUCUCAUGUCUUGGGUUUGUUCUGGCGAUUUUGGAUCCCAAUCCUAUUUGGAGGAAUUCAAAUCUCAAUUCUUUAAAUGAUAUUAAAUUGAUGGUUAUUAUUUAUU